AUGGGCCCCGAGAACUUGUCUAUCAGCAUCCGAGCUUUCCCUGCGUUACUCCUUCAGGUUCUUGCACUCGCAUUACAAUUCCAUCCUGAUGGAAACGACGAAGCACUGCAGGGUCUUAAAUACGCACCCGAUAUCGAUUUUGCCGACUUGGCCGCGGAUUAUAGCAACGUGGGCCACCAAAUCAUGUACAUGCUUGGAAGCAAAGACACCUCUCUGAACAAGAUUCAAGCUGGACUGAUGGAGGCAUUUUUCGAGAAGAGCAUAGGAUCAGUCAUUGAAGCCUGGCAUACACUUGGAAGAACGAUUCGAGACGCACAGGAACUUGGCUUGCACAGACAUAGGGUUUGGGAGACAAGUCUACCCGCCGAAAAUGUCAUGCAGGCGCCAAUGUUCUCACUGGAGAGAAAAUUGUGGUUUGUGUUGCAUCUCUGGGACGCGCACAUGGCUAUCGUCCUCGGCAGGCCGAUGACGACCAGACUAGACUCAAGCUGCGUGCCUUCGACUAGCCUAACAGCAGCAUCACCCCCAAUGAGCUUGGAAGACGAUAUCCAUGACCUGGAAAUUAAGAAUAAGGAUGCGCAGGAGGCCGUUCAGAAAAUACACAACGCCGUAAUAAGCAACAUUUCCAGACUUCCGGCAUGGGCAACCGUCGCAAGUCCGGUACUCGACAGCAGAUACCCUUGGCUUCCUGCUGCUCGCGAGACGCUCAUUAGCGAGGUCUAUUUUGUUUUGCUCGCACUGCACCGCCCUUUCGUAUCCAGCCUGUCCUCAAGUCGAGUAGAGGCCCACAUGGCUGCGCUGAAGAUGCUUGCGUCGCAAAAUAGGCUGUUUGAGCACGCAGGGGCUCUACUUUAUAGGGGCUUCGCUCUUGUCUUCUCUACAUUCGAUGCUAUGGUUCUGGUGGCAGCAACCUACAUUCGAGCCCCGGAUGAUGCUCAACAUCUUCUUGCAGAAUCGGUGAGCCGCUUGGAGUGGGGUUUGGCAAGGCUAGAUGCGAUGAGGUCGCGGAACGCCAUGGCAGGCUACGCUUAUGACGUGGUACGAGUGCUCUUCCGGAAAAUGCUAAGCCAAUCCUCCUCCCCACGCUCUGCGCCUCUAAGAGAUGAUGAGCCGGAAAGCCAAUUCAUGGCUGAGGGGGCACUGUCCAGAAAUCACGCUGCACGGGCCGGCCCAGUCGUUGAGCUGGAUUCAAAUGACGCAUCAUUGCAACAGUCGCUGUACGACAUCGUCGCUCAGGACAUGCUUGGCGAGACCUUCCCUGUCGAGUGGCAAGAGAUGACCAUUCCUGAAGCUGGGAACUACGAGGAGGCAUUUCCUGACAGCAUUUGGCAAUUCCUGGACGACCUCACGUAG